GUGAAAUUAAGGCUGAUGCAAAUUGUAAAGAGGAAUUUCCCUGGUUCUAUAAAAAGGUCAUGUCACCCAAUAAAUAGAGCUGGGAAGCAGAAAGAACUUCAUCUUCCUGAUUGUCUGGUCCAGAUCACCCUCAUCAUAAUGGUGUUUUUAAACCUCUCAACGGAGCUGCUCAUCCUCCUCUCUGUGCGCUCCUGGCUGGUGCACGGCGCCACCUCCACGCUGACCUACAAAGUCACCGACCCGAUCACCGGAAACCCUCUGCAGUGUGACCGCUGCCCGCCGGGAACAUUUCUGCGCGCCAGCUGCUCCUCCAUCAAAAAGAGCGAGUGCGCUCCGUGUCCACAGGGCUCCUUCACGGAGCUCUGGAACUACAUCGGGAGAUGUUUACGCUGCGAAGUCUGCGGGCGGAACCAGGUGGUUAAGAAGGAGUGCACCGCAAACAGCGAUUGUCAGUGCGAGUGUAAACAGGGUUACUUCUACCAUCAGGACUACGACAUGUGCGUCCGACACAGCGAGUGUCCCUCUGGGCAGGGAGUGCUCACCAAAGGUACACCAGAGAGAGACACAGUGUGCGGUAUCUGCUCUGUUGGCACCUUCUCUGAUAUUUCCUCCACUGAUCAAAACUGCACACAGCACAAGAGCUGCAGCGACGCAGGGCUGCAGUUGGUGCUGAAAGGCGCCGUCUGGCAUGACAGUGUGUGUGCAAACUGCAGAGACCUGAAAGACGGAGCUGAAUAUCUCAAAGAAAUUGUCCCCGCCUUCUUCAUUCAUCACAAAAUAAAAAUCAAACGGCUGCGUCAAAUGGUGAACAAGCUUCCAUCUGGCGACGUCAGAAAGCAGGAAGAAACUUUGCAGCUCAGCUUCUCAGAGCUUCACUCACGCAUCAGCAGCUGGGUUUCAUCUGCAACUCCAGUGCAGAUCCGGCAGCUUCCAGUGAUUCUGAUUAAACUGAGAGCUUCUCACGCAGGAGAAAAACUACAAAAGAAGCUGAAUGGAAUUGACAAAAAUCUAUUAAAGCUGUGCCAUAUAGGAAAUGAUAGGGAGGUAGAUUUAAAUGAAACUUUGGCUUAAUUUAAAUCUACUGUAUUUUUUUUCCUCUAUUUUUCACAGGCUGCUUUGUUAUGCUCAGACUUGAUUUUUUGUGUCAUAUCAACAUGCGGUCUUAUUUCUGUUUUUGCAGGUUUUUACACUUUAUGCCAAGUUAAAGGAAAACUGGAGCUUUUAAUUUAGUUUUAGGAGGUAGAAUUUGCACUGCGGGGAUCUAAUAGAUGUUAAAGGGGCAGUAUUAUGUAAAUGUUCUUCCCUCAUCAAAACCAGAGAAUACAUAAUGCUGCCCCUUUAAAUUCAUAGUGUAAAUGUUGAAAAGCUUCAGUCUACAUUUAUCUACCUCCCCUAUUUAUUUCUCCUGAAGACAGAUUGAGCGCUUUUCACUUUUACUUACUGUAUUGCAAAACUUGUAUUUCAAAAGUAUUACUUAGGUAUGUCUUGUGUUGAAAUUGUCAAAAGAGAGAUAUUAAUUUAUUUGAAGAAAUAUGCAAAGUUUUUUUAUUUUAUACACAUAGAAUUAUUGUUUUUAAUAUGUAAUACUGCUGCAUACAUUGCUCAAAUAAAAACAAAACACAUAUAA